AUGGCGGGACAUCCGCCCAAUGGCGAUCCGCAGGCUAUUGGCAAGCUGCGGAACGACCUGGAUGGAGCCAUUGGUGUCAUGCGAGACAACAUGCGAACUAUGGCCGAACGCGAUGCGCAACUCCAUGACCUGGAAGGCAAAAGCAAUACCCUGAACGUGGCCUCUGGAACCUUCAGUGCCCAUGCCAGCCGGCUCCGCCGGGAACAGGAGUGGCAAAGGUGUAAAACUCGACUGGCCAUCGUGGGCGUCUUUGGCUUGAUCAUUUGGCUUCUGAUCCUCUGGUUUGCUGCUGGUCACCGGAUGACUUUUCUGGGCAUAAGUCUGGGCAUUGCGGUGAUCGCUGCCCCCCUCGCUUGGGUCUGUGUGAGGCGGUGGCGGCGCCUGGAAGAGCAGGAAGGCUUCCGUGACGUCGAUAGCAUCUGA